AUGGAUAAUAAUAAUAAUGAUCUUUUGUACAAGUCUACGAAGGAAGUGAUAUCUUUUGAAAUCCAUGUUCAUCAUGGAAUACCCAUUCCCAACUCGAUCACAUCAUCAGUAAAAUUUCAAACUUAUUUUAACAAAAGGGAAAACAUUCCUAAUUAUGCCAUGCCAUGCCCUUUAUCAGCCAUAGCUGCAACUUUGUGCACCAAGAUUGUAAAAGAACGUUCACAACAUAAGCAAGAUUUGCAAAAAUUCUGGAAGGGGCAAUCAAAGAGCGUGAAAAAGAAAAUCAACUUGCCAUCUGCAAUACCUCCACCAAUAAAUUAUUCUGACUUAGAUAAAAGCACUACAACUACUAAGUCAUUUACUGCUCGAACUCCAUCUCCAGUAAAGAAGUUAACUCAUCAAUUUGACGAUAAUAUUAAAUCAUAUCCACGUCCAACUUUUAAAAGUUAUGAUAAAUCAUAUGAUAUCUCAAAUGAAGAAGCUGUAAGAGGAGCUUUAAAGAACAAUUCUGCAUCCCUAAUUACAACUUCAAGACAGCCAAUGUAG